AUACUUAUUUCUCAUUGAAAAGCAUUACAAGUCGCAAGCAUCGGAGGCGUACGCUUUAGGCCCAACAAUGGAGUGCGGUAUUCAGGAUUUCUACAAAGACAAGGUCGUGUAUCUAACGGGAGCCACCGGAUUUUUGGGAAGAGUGAUUAUUGAAAAGCUCUUGCGAGCUACGGAUGUGAAACGUAUAUACGCCAUGGUUAGGCCCAAACGAAACCAGGAUAUUCAGACACGAUUUCAGAAUUGGCAAAAGGAUCCACUCUUCGAAGUCCUGCUCAAGUCGAAGCCCCAGGCACUUCAGCGAGUCUUUACCAUCGCUGGCGAUUGUCUCGAGCACGAUUUAGGCAUUAGCGUUAAGGAUCGCCAGCUCCUGGCCUCCGAGGUGCAGAUCUUCAUCCAUGGAGCUGCCACGGUGAGGUUCAAUGAGCCCCUUCACAUAGCUAUCACCAUCAACACGCGAGCCACUAAGCUGAUGCUUCAACUGGCUAAGGAAAUGAAGCACCUCCAGGCCUUUCUCCAUAUCUCCUCGGCCUUCUCCAACUGCCCUGAGUUUCACAUCGAAGAGAGGUUCUAUCCCGAACUCUUAAACCUCAAUUCGGAGAAAAUUUUGGCCAUGACUGAGAUAGUGGGAGCCAAAAUGAUGAACAGUAUGUCUUCCGUACUCGUUGGACCUUUCCCCAAUACCUACACGUACUCGAAGGCCCUGGCUGAGGAUGUGAUCCUCAGAGAAGCGGGAGACCUUCCCCUGAGUGUUUUUCGCCCGGCAAUUAUUAUUGCCAGCCACAAGGAACCUGUUUUCGGAUGGAUGGAUAAUCUCUAUGGACCGAUUACCCUUAUGUACGGAAUAGCCCAUGGAGUUAUACGACUGGUUGGCUUUGACAAGAAGGGUGUCACCAGUUUUGUGCCUGUGGACUACUGCGCCAAUAUGGCAUUGGCCAGCAUCUGGCAAACCGCCAAAAAGGGCACUGCACGACACCCGAAGGAACAACCGCCCAUAUUCACACUGGCGCCGAGUAUCUCAAACUUGCUUAAACAUACGGACUUCGUUAAGCUCGGAAUGAGCCAUCGGGAGGAGUUUCCGAUAAAUAAGAUGAUCUGGUAUCCAUUUUUGACCUGCGUCGACAAGCCUUGGCUGUAUACCUUACUCGCCUUCUUCUACCACACACUACCCGGAUAUAUGUUCGAUCUGAUCCUACGCUUGGUGGGAAAGAAGCCCCGAAUGGUGGAUCUCUAUAGAAAAAUACACAUUAAUGUGACCGCUAUUCAGCAUUUUUUGUUCAACAGUUGGAAAUUCGAGACAAAGAGCGCUGAUAAACUAAGGUCUCUAAUGUCGAUUGAAGAUCGGGAAAUGUACAACUUCGACAUGGAGGCUCUCGACUGGAAGGUAUAUUUCAAGUCUGCCUUGUUUGGCAUGCGACUUUACUUGGUAAAAGAGCCUCCAACCCAGGAAUCCCUUGAGAGUGGACGACGACAGCUAAAGCGGUUGAAGAUAUUACACUAUAGUUUCAUGGCCGUGCUCCUGUUCAUUACUGGGUUCCUAUUGUUGUCGCUGCUGAAAAUCAUUAUGAGAUAUGGUUAGAUAUAUAAUGAGGGGAUUAAUGCUCUAGACGGCUAUUUAUGAGCGUUUUUCUUUAUCAAAUAAAUAGGAAUAAUUUAAAAAUAUUUGGAUUUUUUUUAUUUUUGUUUUUAUUUACUUUGUUUGAUUAAUGUAUUGUAAAGAUACACAUACAUAAAUUCAUGGUUAUGUAGUGAAAGAAAUAAUUGAAUUACCUGAAGUUAAUAAAAAGAUAUUCUCCCAA